AGUUUUCUCAUAGAUUGUUGAUUGUUCACUGUGUUUGCUAGUUGCUACCCAUCAAGCUUCCUUGUCCCUUUGUACAGAGCCCCAAACCCUACCCCAAAACUGUUCACUUCAGCUUUCUUCUUGUCCCAUCUAGGGUUUUCCUUUUCUCCAUCUCCUUUAUUUCUUCACCCCCUUUUUAUUCCCUAGUUUUAUUAUGAUCAUAUGAUUCCGCUUAGUAGUAAUCCUUUCUUUCCUGUCAAAAUCCAAUCAUCAUCCUUCACCAUUGUUGUUUUGUUCCCUUAAAUCCCAAACGAUUCUGGGUCUGUCUUUGUUUCCAAUUCGAGGGUUUUCCUUGGGUUUUUAUCGUUUUUAAAAGAAACAAAUUGGCUUUUUAUUCUCUCUGUUCUGGGGUUAACCUCGUUAUCAAUUGAUUUGUUAUACUUGGAUUUAAAUCGGGUCAUCUUUGGUCAUGGCUUUUCAGCAAAUUCCAGGCUCGGGGCUGAGUUCGAGUUCAGGGUUUCAAUACAUGAAUUCCCCUUUUGGAGAUACGACCUACACCAAGGUCUUUGUUGGGGGACUCGCUUGGGAAACCCAAAGCCAAACGAUGCGUCGCCGUUUCGAGCAGUUCGGUGAGAUUUUGGAGGCCGUUGUCAUCACUGAUAAGAAAACCGGUCGUUCAAAAGGAUGCGGUUUUGUGACUUUCCGUGAUCCAGAGGCAGCUAGGAGAGCCUGUGCUGAUCCAACCCCAGUUAUCGAUGGCAGGCGUGCUAAUUGUAAUUUGGCUUCUCUUGGCUGUCCUCGACCUCCUGUUCCUUACGGACGUUUAAGAUCCGCUUCUCCAUACCAUGGAGGUGUGGAAGCUACAAGAGGGGUUUAUGUUGGAAGUUUUGGUUAUCAGCCACCACUUCCUUACAACUACCAACAAGGAAUAAUGUACCCUUCGUAUGGGUAUGCAACAUAUGGACCUGAAUAUGUCUAUCCUCAGGGUGCUUACGACCCUUACAUGGCUCAGCAGUACCUUCAGAUAUAUGGAGUACCUGAAGCAGCUAACCCGGCUGUUUAUCCAUAUGGGCAAGUGGGUCAAACUGUUCCUAGUGGACUUGGUUUUACGGCUGUACAGGGAUAUGCAAUGCCAAGUCAUCAAAUAUUGCAGUUUGGUGGAGCCGUUGCUAAUGCGACAACUUCUCCGAUGGCUACAAUCCAAACACCAUAUCCUGGAGGCAUAGCAGCAUCUCUUCCAGCUCAACCACAAUUUAUUGUUCCUACUAAGUUUAUGCGAGGUAGUGGUUCUGACCAAACAACUGGGUGAGGAGUUGAUCAAGGUAUCCUGAGACUGCAGCAGGACUAAGAACAUCAGAACUGUUACAUGAGUGGUGGGCUUCAGAUCUAGCCUUUCAAAUUAUUUAUUUUGCAUUCUACAGGUCGUACGUCGUCAUACUCACCAGAGAAGUCAAUGUUGUCCGAGUCGAUCAGAUGGUGGAGAAGCAAUAUAGAGGAAGCCGAAAGGUGUGUCCUUGUUGGUGGUGGUGGUGUCUUUUGACCUUGUAUGUAUAAAGAACAUUAUUAUACAGCUGGUUGGGAAGCCAGCAGUCAUGGGGUUGAUGGAGGCUGGAAAGGGUUUCUAGCAACCACAUAGGG